AAAACUUUCGCACACAUGUUCGCUAUAGUGUACACGGAGGAAAUCUGUGUAUGGGUGAUCAGGAACCGAGUGUGUGUGAGUGUGACUCCGAACCCCCAUCCACUUGACGUUUGACAAGUGUUCGGGGAACUUACAUGCACCUCUUUACCAUACCGUUGUUACGCUCUCCCUCCCCCGAACUUCUGGGGCCUCGACACGGGACCGUGCGUUGACAUAGCGAGGAUAUAUUUUCUUGCCGACGGAAAUAAGUGCGAAAUGAGCUUGUUUUCUUGUUUAUAUCAGGAAUAAUGCUGUUUUGACCAUUCCCUUGUAUGUGGGAGAUGAAUCGUGGAUAUCUGCUUUGGUUUUCCUAACACGAAUCCGCUGUUUCGCAGACGUUUGAGUAUUUCUUGCUGUUUCGGAGUCAGUAUAAUUCUAGUUGAAAGAGGAUAAUAACAUCGCAGCAAGCUGGGUCACGAACAAGCUGAUUCGAAAUCGGAUUUUGCUAGAAAAAUCAAGCUCCACAGAAUCUGGGCUUCCUGGAUGAGGUGAUAAUUGAUUGCAUUGGUAAUCACGUGCUUAUUGGCUCUACAUUUAAAGAGGAGAAUAUAGCGACGAUUUCCUCUUUUUUUUUUACUCUGGAACUCCACUUGGACUGUAACUAUGGGAAAUAUACGGACAAUACUGGCAUUUGUGAGUGGACUCUAUUUACUCGUAUGGAACUUUGAAUUGUCCUGGUGUUUUAACGUGGAACAGACAUUACCCGUGGUGUAUAACAGACCCGGAGGAUCAUACUUCGGCUAUUCUGUCUUGCUCCAUGAAAACCUGCAAGGAAAAUGGGUACUGGUUGGUGCUCCCAAGUCCUAUUCUCAAUACCAGCCCACUAUCACGAGACCAGGGGCUAUCUUCAAGUGCAACAUCCCCCAGAUAGCAGGUCAAAGACCAAUAUGUGUAGAAGUCAAAUUAGAUGAUAGAGGAAACGAGAGAAGCGGCCCAAAUGUCCGUCCUUAUUUCAAAGAUGCCAAAGACAACCAGUGGUUGGGGGUCUCCCUCACCAGACAAAGAAAUAGAAGAACGGCCAAGGUCACGACGUGUGGGCACAUGUGGGCAAACCAGUUCUACGCGGACACAAGGUUUUUGGUCAUCUUUCCCAACGGCGUUUGUUACGAGAUGGACGCUGAGCUCAACUUUCACAGCGUCAUGAAAAGACGGCCUUGCCUCGAACAGGUACAAAUAAAAGCAGAUACUUUAGGAAAAGGAAUAGCAUGGCAUGGUUGGUGCCAGGCUGGGUUCAGCGCAACAUACUCCAUGGAUGGUAGCACUCUCAUCUUAGGGGCGGUUGGAUCAUUAGCAUGGAGGGGAAGUGUUGUGUCAAUCUCAUCUGGUGCAACCACGGUGGCCGAUACUACAAACUGGUACCCUCCAGAAGACAAGGAUGAAAGCUAUGUUGGUUAUGCAGUAAGUUCUGGGCAUUUCAUAUCAACAACAUCUAUGGAGGGAGUGACUGGAGCGCCGAGGGCUUAUGAAAAGGGACAUGUUUAUAUCUAUAAUCUACAGAAUUUUGCCCUUAUUACCACCAUCAAAGGAGAAUCAAUGAACACCUAUUUUGGAGCUGCAGUAUUAGGAAUGGAUAUAAAUCACGAUGGACUGACUGACCUUCUGGUUGGGGCACCUCAGUUUUCACAGGAUCAAGAUGAAGGCAGAGUCUACAUCUUCGUCAAUGAUGGAAAUGCCAUUAUGAGGAAAAUGGAUGUCAAAUUAAUGGGCAGUAACUCUAUUGGGGCUCGGUUUGGAUCAGUCAUCGAAUCAGUUGGAGAUCUGAAUGCAGAUGGGUAUGAGGACGUGGCCAUCGGUGCACCCUAUGAAGACAACAACAGAGGUGCCGUCUACAUCUAUCUUGGUGGAGAGAACCACCUCAGAAAACCAUACAGCCAGAGGUUGGUUGCAGCGACCAACAUGGUAUCCUUUGGUAGUUCCAUCUCAGGUGGAAUGGACAUGGAUAAUAAUGGCUACCCAGACAUUGCUGUUGGUGCUUAUGAGAACGAUACUGCAGCCCUCUUCCUGAGUAAACCUGUUAUUGAGAUGGAAGCAUUCCUCACACUGACACCGACACUGAUUAACACAAACCAUGCAGAAUGUAUGCUGUACGGAAGGCCUACCACAUGUCUUCAUCUCACAGCCUGUGUCAGAUACACCGGGGCAUCGGUCCCGUACAGGAUAGGUAUUGAUCGUAUGUUGGAGGUGGACUAUUACAAGGUUGCGACUGGAUUCCCACCCAGGGUCGUCUUCUUUGAGAAUGGGGAGUCCAUGGGCUCGACCAUCGUCCAGAACAUUCAGCUCGUCAAAAACCAGCAGACCUGUCAUGAUAUUGUAGCCUAUUUCAAGAGAGACAUGAAAGAUUUCCUGAGUCCAGUUCCAUUCCGUCUCUCCCACGAGCUACGAAUUUCUGGGAAUGCUCCUUAUAUAACGUUAUGUAACAGGCUUUGUCCUACCAUCAGCCCGUAUUCUGAUAACAAUAUAGUACAAGAGGCAACCUUUAUGUCCAACUGUGGCAACGAUUCCAUUUGCGUAACAGACCUACAACUCAGUGCUAGCACAAUCAUCCCCAGGGGCACCAAGUACCUCCCUCUAGGCUCAGCAGACAAUAUCUAUGUGAUGGUAGACCUGAUGAAUCAAGGAGAGGAAGCUCACCAGGCCCAGGUUCUCAUUGAAUAUCCCGUCGGUAUCACCUUUGUCAGGGUCGAGAGUAACAGGCAACAAGAAACGAUUGUACUUUGCUCACCAUUGACAACCAGCAAUGAAACCGCAUCUGUUCUGUGUGAUGUUGACAACCCUAUGAAAGCAAAUUCUAGAAGUAGCUUUAGAGUGAAGUUGUCAGUACCAACUGCUCAUGCCAAUAGCCGAAGCAUCGAUAUUGUAGUAUCAGCAUCAACCUCCAGCACAGAAUACAAUCACACUCUAUAUAACAACAUACAGAGGAUCAGGGUUCCCAUUAGAAUAGAAGCAGAUAUCACCAUAUCAGGGGUAACGAGACCUAACAGUGUGCUGUAUGGCCUGCCAGAAUCAAGCAACUCAAACAGUCAAGAUUCCGCUAUCAAUGAGUCCCAGAUGGAUGAAACCUUGCCCCUUAUACCAUCAGAGGUCAAUGAACUUAAUCUGGACAAACACAUUGGACCAGCAUUCAAACACAUCUAUGAUGCUCGAAAUCUUGGCCCCAGCAACCUUCCCUUCAUGACCUCAGUCAACAUCACAAUACCUUGGAAGACUAAAAAUGGAGAUAUGCUCAUUUAUUUCUCAAAUAUUGAUUUUAAAGGGACAGGUGUAUGCGAGACCCAAGCAAUCCUUGCUGAACAAAGCACACUUCUCCAAAGAAUGCUGGCCAAGAGAAAUAGAACAAACCCACACGAAGAAACGCAUCAAAGUCUAGCAUCAACACUCUUUGGAACAAAUAAAAACCGACGGUUGAAUUGUAUGAAUAGCCAAUGUGCAGUGAUUGAAUGUCUUGUAGAUAAUUUAGAGUCCGGAGAUGGAGCAGUCAUUCAGCUUGAUAUGAGAAUAUUUGAAGAUACAUUUUUAAAGGGAGAUUUUGGUAAAAUAGAACUUCAUGCCGAAGGUAUUAUAGGUGUGGAUGAUCCACUUAAAAGACAUAUACAACCGCAGUCUGGCAGGCCCGACAGUGUUAUGGUAAAAACAGUAAUAUUCACCGAGUCUUCCGUGAGGAAUAGACCAGUGCCUAAGUGGGUAAUAGCUGUGAGCAUAGCAGCUGGAAUUGUGUGUCUCAUAGCAGUUAUUCUCGUUAUGUGGAAAUGUGGUUUCUUCCGGAGGAGGAUGAAAGAGGAGAUGGAGAGAUUGAUUCAAGAAAAAGAAGAACAAGAAUCACUCAAUCCUGAGGGUAUCCUCAACGAAGCAGAUUAUGAAGACGAUAAUUUCAGAUCAUACUAGGUUAUUUAUAAAAUCAGUAGUUUCUGGAACUUCCUGUUAGAGACUUUAAUGUUAUUUUCAGGGCAUAAACAUUGAAUAAAACUUCUUUCCUGAUGAAAUUAUUUAAAAAGAGUUUAUUAAAGGAUUUUUUAUACAUCUUCAUGAUAACUUCAAUUAAAAUAUUGACAAGGCCAGCCUUUAUAUUUUGAGAUACAGUGAUAAUGCAAUAUGAUGAUAUCUUUUGAACUAUAAAAAUCACCAUUUUAUGUCAUAGUAAAGAGGGGCUGUAAGACUUGUCCAGACUUACAUGUAUUGUCAUAUUGAAAAAUUUUAGGCCAAUUUUGCGAAAUUUUAUUCAAAAGAAGGUAUUUGAGCUGUCACCUGAAUUUUAGCUGCAUUGUUCAAAGGAAACUACUCCAAUUUAGCUGUUGGUUUGAUGUGGUUGCUCGCAAAGACUCUAAAUCUUUCUGAAGUAGUUCCACAAUGAACUGAAUGUAGCAAUGUCAGAGUCAAAAUAGUGACAUUUCAGAUAUUAAUGUGACUGAAAUUCAGGUGAUACACUUAUGAUUAAAAUAUGGCAAUGAUUUGUCUGAUAUUUAAUUCUGAAAAAAUUGACAUUUCAUCUGGAAACAAUAGUGUGAAGGUAUCCUUUGAAUUAAAAUAUUUAUCAUAUUUUGUCAGGAAUAUUCUAAUUUCAGAAUUUGUUCUAUCACGGUUUCUUUGUAUGACAUUUUAUCUAUAUGGAUGAGAAAAUAAAAAGAACCUAAUAUAUGCAUUCCAUGAAUUGUAUCAAUGUUAAAGUCUGUAUUUUAAAAAAUAAUUAUACAUGGCUAAUUUAAGUAAUUUGACAUUUUUAUUUUUUAAAUAUGUGUUGUUGUUU